AUGUCCAGUUUGCAGUCUGCUACUCCUCCUCCUGGUCUCAUCGACUGUGCUGAAGACCAUGCGUCGGACGGACUUUGCGAAGGCGACUUGAUGCCUGAUCUCAAUUUUCUACCAGAUACCGAAUUGGUGGGUUCUGAGACUUGUACCCCGAAUACUGUUGAUUCAGGCAUCUGCAACCUGAACGACCAAGGACUUCACCAAACCCUGGAAACAAUUGAUUCUGGUCAUGCUGGAAUAUGCACAACGAAGAUUAGAGAGAGCCAGCAGGCUUUCACCAUCUAUUCCUCUGCCAGUAUCUCACAGCGGAAGUACAAGGGCCCAAGCAGUCUACAGGCUUUCGCUCAAUGGUUUCACGUCGACUCUUACAUUCUGGACAAGGAUUUGUCCGAGCAUUUUCGCCAUGGGUCGCGCCAUAGUGAGGAGAUGGACGUACCACCCUCUCUCAGUAUGCCGGCUCUGUGUCCCGAAUGGGCAGACUAUAUAGAUGCUUAUUUCCAGGAGGUUGCACCACUAUUUCCUGUGAUACGAAGGGAGAACACUAUCAGAGCAGCAACUUAUCUGAGCAGGUUCGGUAUCCUGGAACAGAACCCAGUCAGCGACAGACCAGCAAUGGCAUGCGUGUAUGCUUGUAUCGCACUAGGCGCUCGCUCAAAAGGACGGCCAAGAAUUGCACAGGCAUACAUCGAAGCAGCUUGUUCGCUCACUGGUUACUUGACGAGUAUGCCGUAUCUGGAGUCUGCACAAGCUCUGUUGCUGAUCGCUAUUGAGCAUCGAGGAAGAGAGAAGAAUGGUGCAGCUUUUCUCGCCGUCAGACAAGCCAUCAGUAUUCUCAACUCCAUGGGCUUGCACAGAACGCCAUCGUACCGUAACGACCAUCUUUCUGUAGCACAUCAACANAAAGAUAGAGGGAUAUGGUGGACUGCAUACGCUUUGGAGAAAACGAUAGCUCUCGAGGAUGGCCGUCCAUCAAGCACCCACGAUUGUAGUUUCGACCAAGAUGUUCCUGCCGACAUGGCUGCAAUGCACCACCUAAACGCUUGGAAAUCCUUUGUGAGUCUUACGAAGAUUCAGAGCCAAAUCUCCGAAAGCUUCUAUGACCAGAAUGCGUGGAGAGACACGUCGAACUUUGAUACGAUACUAGAGAUGCAAAACCACCUAGAUCAAGCACUGGCUGAGUGGUCAGACAUUUUGUCCGAGCCCUUGAAGCCAUGUCGACGUUCAGUGAGUUGUCCUUCUGAUCUUUCAAGCUUCCGAACUUUCUUGUGCUUCCAAUUUCAUCAUGCACUGAUCGCCUUGCAUCGCUCAGCGCUUACUCAGGAUACUACCCUGGAUAGCGCCAUCAGUGACAUCUCUGGAGAGAACUCUCGUCACGCACUUAGUAUACGAAGAAGUGAGUGUAUCUGCGCCAAUUCAGCUAGAGUCAUCCUCAAGAGCUAUCUGUGUUUCCUCAAACGUGGCAACUAUUCACCAUUGGUGACACUCAAUCAGCCAUCACUGGCUGUUUAUGUCCUUACAAUAUACACGCUCAAGCACCCGAGUGCCUCAACCGAACAUCAAGAUCUGGAAUUGCUACAAUCAGCCACGUACGCUAUCGAGAAAGGGUACCAGCAAAUUGGACUGCCUGCUGGAUUUUGUCGCAUCUUCACCACCCUACGAGACGCCGCUAUGCAUGACAACGAAGCGUACUCAGUAUCGAUGCAUGACUGCUUGGGCCGAACUUCUGGGGGUGUGAGAUCUCGAUCUGCGGAGGAGUUUGUCGAUACAUCUGAAUUUGCGACGAAAGUCACGCACCCCGACCUCAUGCCUGAAGAACGAUCACUUGCAAACCCAUUGAGCAACAACACAUCCCUAUGGCCAAAUAACUUCAUCAAUCUUGGCGCAAUUGAUGAUAUCUUGGUUGACACAUGGUUGGACGCUCCGCAUUUGACGAGCGUUCCCGAUCUUGCUGGAACGGUAUCAUAA